UUUUUUUAAACUGGGCUAAUCAGAAAACAGCCGAAGACCAGCAAACCCCCAGUUCUAUAAGCCUGCUGCGGAGGCUAGGUCCAUACGGUCUGCUUCUCAGGUUGCUGAUGCGUUGGAAACAAAACAAUAGGAACGUAUCAUGGCAAAAAGGACACUAAUGAUUUUCAGUGCAGGAGUGUGUGUUGGUAUAAUGAUAUACUACGUACUACAUACGUUUUUGAUGCCAACAUUUGUGUUUAAAAUCAUUAAACCUAUGGUUGACGGGCAAGAACUGCUGUGUGCUCUGAGGAAGAACGUUCCGUUCUCAACUAUAACAAGAGAACAGGCGUCCAAAGAUGGAAACGCCACCAUACUGCCGGAGGAGAGUCUGGAGAAGUUGGUGCACUUUAACUCGUGCGCAGUCGUCAGUAGUAGCCACGGCCUCAGGCUUCACACGUACGGGAAGGAGAUAGACAGCCACGACGCCGUGCUGAGAUUCAACUGCGCUCCAACGCAGGGAUUCGAGCAGUUCGUCGGAAACCGGACGGACUUUCGUCUCAUCAACACACAGAUUCCGAGACGGUCAUGCCAGAAGGAAUUUUGGAGCGAGAACAGCACCAUGUUCAAACAUGAAACCAUAGUUGUUAGGAACAUGGACGCCAUCGGUUUAGAAGGAGAAAAGGUAAACACCAAAACCGACCGUUUCCACGUUUUUGCCAACUUGGUCAAAUACGGGAAGAAGUAUCCAGAAAGGGAUUUGCCUUUUAUACAGAGACCUGACUUCGGAAAUGACAUAAUGCGGGAACUGGCGCGGUUCUGCAUCACUACAGGAAUGUGUUACAAGGCAAUUAUGAGUCCAAGUUCGGGCAUGUUUGGUGUUGUGAUGAUGCUGCACCUCUGCGACUGGGUCCAUGUCUACGAGAUCGUUCCCUCCAACAAGGACGAAACCAAACUACUGUAUUACUACGAUGAAAAGGAAAUGUGGUCCAAAAAAGACUGGCACUCGUACAUCCAAGAAAGGGUUUACUUCAGGACCUUGUCACUGACUACUGAGAAAGACAUAGAAGAUACAGGCGUGGUGCUGCUGAAGGGGUUUUCACAGACUCAAUGCCACUGAUACUAUUUAUACAUAUAUUAGCAAACGUACAUGGUAGAAAUUGAUGUACCUAAAACAAGGGAAAACAGACUAUU